AUGCAAUCGGACCGUGACGCACGAAAAAUAUGCUAUGAGAUUAGUUGCUACUCGCAUGCGGAUCACCCGCUUCGGCGUGUCGUGCUGGGGCCUCUCCCAGCAACAUCCGUGUCCGAUCAAACAUUGCUCCAUGAAGCUGAAAGAUGUGGUAUCUUACCCACAUCAGAGUCGCCUGACGUGCCAGCCUCCCCGAUGAGCUCUGCUGCACCUUCUAUCUUAUCGCGCCGACGGAGCUCGUUCAUGCAACGUCGAUCAGGCAGACGUCGUUCUCUGCGCCCGCGUCUCAAGCGGACACAAAGCACAUCAUCCUUCUCACUGAACUCGUUGUCGCCUCUUCCUUUCGCAUCGCCAUCGAACUUGGCCUCGAUUCAAGAGGAUCCUCUGGACUGGGUCGCGGACCAACCUUCCUACGAUGCACACGCAGACCAAGCAGAACAUGCAGAUAAUGCGGCAGUGAUGACGCCAAAGACGCCAGACCCCGUUACCCCGCCAACUAUACCACCGUCACUAACUCCAUCAUCGCCACUAUCGCCAGCCCCACCACCACCGCUACAGCCAGUACGGGCUUCGCCGUUAGGACCACCGCCACCAGCACCACCAGCCACAUCCAUGAGUCAGCCUGGACGCAACAUCACGCCCAGCAUAGAAUCACGCACUCAAUACGACGAUUCAGACUCGAUCUAUUUGCGUCGAAAACUCAAACUGUGGCAGCGACGGAACCGCCAGCGUCGACGAUUACUGUCGCCUCAUCCUAUGGCCGCGCCUUUCAUUUGGGAUACGCCAUUUUCAGCGCCCAGACCUAGCGAAGAUGUCGAGUUGACGGAAGAAGAGCGAAAAGGACUCAUUUCUAGACUUGAAAUUUCGUUCGUACACCAAAAAAUGGUGGGCACCUCAUUCGAGGUCGGCAGAACCUUUUUUGAGCGUGUGUUGGAAGAAGAGCCAGAAGAGGAACGUGCAUAUCCUGCAUCAGCACCGUCAUCCAUCCGUCUGUCGCCUAGGUUAUCUCCGUCCAUCCGUCGUGGUCGGAGUAAGAGGAACCAACGCGUGCCCACAUUGCUGUCAGCCAUGAAUAAGCGUGCCUCGUCGGAGUCACGCAGUAGGAGUGCGCAACCACACGUGAAAUUUGCGCUGCCACCGAAACGCGACUCGAACGAGAUCGAGGAUCGCUCACGAUGGGACGAGACGCGGUCUCAACUGGAACACGAGGGUCCAGUAUCGAUCCAAGUGGGGCGACCGUCGCAAACAAUGCUCGCACUUGAGCAGGAACUUGUGUCGAAGCGGGCUGAACUGACCAACAUGGUGAGCCAGCCAUCAUCGGCGCCUUUACCACUGGCGCCACAGGCACCAGCGGGGGCAGGUGAAUCCAUGGCCAUGCAUACGCCGCCUGACACGCUGCCUGACACGCCGGCACCUUCGAGCAGCCAACAUUCCGGGACCUCGGCAUUCCACGCUCUGUCCCGAUUACACAUACCCAACGAAGCAGAGACAUUGUCACCUGCACACUCAAACAAGCAAGGUGCGCGUCCCCCUAUGCAUAUUGAUGAGUGUUCGCCGCAUGCGGUUAUGCUGUCGCCGUUAGGAUCCGACACAGCUUCUCCGGUGCCAUCACCGACACCAGCCGUUCCCGCAUCUCCGGAGACGAAACACCAUCGCUAUCACUGGCAUUUGAGCCGUCACGAGCAUCCGUCUGACGGCACGAAAAAACCACAUGAAAAGCGGCUGAACCUACAUCGACACAAGAAACGAGACCAACCUGUUCCUGAGCCUGCACCGCCGCGGCGACGCUCCGCAUCCAUGGCGUCACUCGAGUCACUUGAGGCCGAGCCCACGUCAGACGUGCGCGUUCAUAGAGAGUCGGAACGGAUCACAUCCGAGACCGUUGUCCACGCUCCACCGUCGCCGUCCAAAGGGUCGGAGCCGUCUGUGAACCUGCUGAAAACUCCAUCGCAGACGCACAACGACCUUCUUGGCUUGUCGUCCGCGCUACCUGUCAAGAACCACAUCACAUCUUCGAAUCAGAUUCCUGUCGGCCAAGGCGACCUGUCGCCCCCGCCCGUUGACGAAGUACUGUCUCGCGAUACAGUGGCUCCCGUGCCCGCAGCUGUACCGGUCCAAGCGGACUCAUUUGCGAUUUACAAGCGCGACCGCAUGCUUGUCAAGGUGCAAGUGGCAUCGAAUGACGUCAGUGGCACCGACUUUGAUGAGUUCGAGGCCCGGCGCUAUGAUAUCCGUUCGUACAGAUGGGCCGAAUACGUCGUGGUUCUGCGGCCUGGGCGUCUCGAACUGUGGAGCGAGGCCAGUAUCCGUGGGCGUCUGCUGGGCGAUGCCGAGCGGCUCAAACCGCGGUACACUGUAUCACUACGCCCGGGCGAAUCGUCGCUGUCCUUGUAUUCAGAGACGGACCGACUCUUUUGCCUUGUAUGCCCGCGGUCCGAGAGCACCGUAGGCCGCUUCCCUUUUCGGAGACAUGGCUCGACGAUCCUCAUCUUUAACGCGCGCACGUUCAGCAUCUCAAGUGACUGGAUGUGGCUUCUUUGGCGAGAAAUGGGCGGCACGUUGCCUCCACACCUCUUUGUGUAUUUGCCGUCAAUCUCGAUGCGUGUGCGAAUUCCCAUUCCGCCGCUGCCGGACAUUCGCGGUCCGUCGCGCGAAUAUGACGUGCUGCUGGAUGUACCCCGCAACGAACAACUCGAAGAAUACGAGGGAUAUAUGGCGUCGGCACUUAUAGGUGCGGCCGAGCGUCUCGUCAAGGCGGUGCCGCAGUGGGCCUCGCUCGUCCAAGAUGUGCGCUCGCGCGGACUCAAGCCCGCUUUUGUUUGGCGCUCUGGCACAAUGUACAACUGGGUCCAGUACAGCGAGACGGCUGAUGGCGCUCCGCGCUACUGGCACGUCCUCGCCGGCACCUUGCUGACGAAUCGGCGACGUGCGCCAGUGCUUGAGCUCGUGAUGAACAACCACUAUCCGACUCAAGUAUUGCAUCCCAGCGGAUGCGCGUUGCGCGAGCCAUGUGCUGUUGAAGGCUUUGUGGGCCGCCUGCGUCGAUUGUCCAGUGCCACGUCGCGCGUCUAUCUAAGCGUGCACGAUGGACUGAUCUUCUUGCUACGUGAGUCCAAUGCAUGCGUGCCGGACAAAUUUGCUGGCGUGCCGCUCGGCUCCGUGCAAGGCGCAACGCGAAAAGAGCGGAUCUAUGAACGCAUCCAGCAAUUCUGCAGGUACGAGCGCACGCGUGAAUGGCAGCAGAUUCGCUUCAGCGAGGGAUUCAUCGAUCUGCGCGAAGUGUGUGCGAUUGGUCAUGUCGGCACGAACGUGGUCUUGUCCACCGAACUCCAACGCCAUAUGGUCCACACAAAUCGCGAGUCCGGCGUGUCGUCGUCGAUGCCGGAAGUCGAAUGGGUUCACGACUACGACGGCACGCGCACGGCCAUCGAAAAGCGCCUUAACUUUUGCGAUGAGCAGCUCGACCCCGACUUCCUGCUGAAUGAUCGCUCCGGACUGCGCUCCAUGCGCCAGUUCCAUCUGUACUUGGACAAUGGGCGCGAAGUCAUCUUUGAGUGUGCGAGUGCUGCACUGGCUCGCGAGUGGAUCGUCCACUUGUUCAUGCUGACUGUGUACUGGCGAUGCCGAAGCAAGACGGACAUCCGCAUGAUCAUGAAUGCGUCCGGCGGCCGUCGGAAUCUCAUCUACAACUCCAAAAAAGCCGAAGAUGUCUCCCUCUUAUCGCUGCCGUACCUAUGGAACUGGUGUCGCAUGUACGAGUGUCGUGCAGUGAGUCUUAGUGGGCACUUGUUUUGGCGGACCAAUGUGCGCCACCCUUUCCGUCGCCGCAUCUUUGUAUUGUGCAAUGGCCACAUGUACGGUUUCAAGCUUAUGUCGUCCACGCGCUCAUCUUCCUCGCGUCAAAAUGCAGGUAUCAUGUACCGCCGCAAGGGCAGCCCCAUCAUUCUCCGCGAUGCCUAUGUAUAUACGGGCCAACUCGGCGAUCGGUCCUCCGACCUCCUUGACGACGAAGCGCCUACACUUCGCACUGGCGCUCAUGACAUCCACGAAGUCCACGAGCGGCUCCCGCGCUUGUACCGCGAUGGGCUCACGAGCUCCGAGUCGCAUGAGGAGUGCUCGUUUGUUCUGCGUGUGCGUUCUGUGCCAGAUCCAAAUCCACCCAAGCACUUGUCCGGCCAUUCUGCCACUCCUCUUGCUCGUCGUGAUUCUACCGAAUACACGUUCCGCGCUCGCACUGUCCUGGAGCGAGAUUUAUGGAUUCGUCACAUCUCGACAGAGAUCGAAAAGACAAUGCGCAGCCAGCCCGAGCGCGAGAGCUUGUUGCGCCACUUUGGUCGAGUAUAUUGA